CCUCACAGCGACCCGUAGUGCAUGUGAUCAUCAGCUGACUCUAACCGGAAGCUUUGAGGAAGCACAUAACCAAAACAACAAAUCUUCACUCACAAAACUUGACUUUUGCAGUUAUUUACGCUUGUUAAUAAUGGAGUCCACCCUAGAACAGCAUCUGGAUGAUACCAUGAAGAAUCCAGCAGUGGUCGGUGUGCUCUGCACGGACCAACAAGGACACAACCUGGGCUGCCGCGGCUCGCUAUCUGACGAACACGGCGGUGUCGUUUCAGUUUUGGCCAAACAAGCUGCAGCUCUCACCAAAGACCCAACAGACAGUCCCACUGUGUGCCUGGAGUCUGAGUCAGGAAACAUCCUGGUGAGGAGUCACGGGACCAUCACAGUAGCAGUUCACAAGAUAGCAUCCUGAAGAAAACCGUCAGUUUCAUGUAAAGAAAUGUAAACAGGCACGUAGGUAGAAUCACAUGGUUUUAAUUAACUUUGAGAAAGAUUUUCAUUUUGAAACCUGGAGUUUUCUGUUUUCAGUUUGAGUCCAUAUUUAAACCAGACCAUGCCUGCUAAAUGUCUAAUGCUUUUUCUUUUAUAUAAAUAUAUAAAGUACAUGUGUGUAUAUGAAUAAAUAUAUACACAGAUGUGUGAGUAAUGCUAUUUAAUUGAAGUCAUGUACAGAUUAGGCCUUGUAUCAUGAUAUUUCCAGACUUACUUUGUGUGUGUGUGGUUUUUUUGUAAACAUCAUUCGAUCUGAGGCAGUCAAGCAGAGAAAAACGGCUCUUAAUAAAUGUCAACUUUGUGUUUCCUU